AUGUGUCACUGCACCAUACCCAUGUGUCACUGCUGCACCAUACCCAUGUGUCACUGCUGCACCAUACCCAUGUGUCACGCCUGCUGCACCAUACUCAUGUGUCACGCCUGCUGCACCAUACCCAUGUGUCACUGCUGCACCAUACCCAUGUGUCACGCCUGCUGCACCAUACCCAUGUGUCACGUCUGUUGCAUCAUAUCCAUGUGUCACGCCUGCUGCACCAUACCCAUGUGUCAGGCCUGCUGCACCAUACCCAUGUUUCACGCCUGCUGCACCAUACCCAUGUGUCACGCCUGCUGCACCAUACCCAUGUGUCACGCCUGCUGCACCAUACCCAUGUGUCACGCCUGUUGCACAAUACCCAUGUGUCACGCCUGCUGCACCAUACCCAUGUGUCUCGCCUGCUGCACCAUACCCAUGUGUCACGCCUGCUGCACCAUAUCCAUGUGUCACGCCUGCUGCACCAUACCCAUGUGUCACGCCUGCUGCACCAUUCCCAUGUGUCACUGCUGUACCAUACCCACAUGUUCGCCUGCUGCACCAUACCCAAUUGUCACGCCUGCUGCACCAUACCGAUGUGUCACGCAAUAA